CUAGCGCCCCCCUCAGCCGUUGCUGCCGCUGCCGCCGCCGCCGCCGCCGCCGCCGCCGCUGCUGCUGCCGCCGCCGGCCAUGUCCCCGGGCCGCCGCCGCCGCCGCCCGAGCGCGGCGCUCCCGCGGCCCGGCGCGCAUUGAGCGCGGGCCCGAGCCACCGUUCGCCCGCCCCGGGUCCUUGUUCUCCGCGCCGCCGCCGCCGCCAUGUUGGGUUUGGAGCCGCAGCGGAGUCGCCGCCGCCGCCGCGGCUGACGAGGCCGAGCGCGGAGCCCGGCCCGCGCCGGGGCCCAGGGAGCGGGGCCCGUCGGAGCCCGAGUGCCCGUCCUCCGUGCGAGCGAGCCGCGGGGCCCCCGGCCGCGCCCUCUGCCGCCGGCCGAGCGAGCCGCGGAGCCCCGAGAGGCAGCACCAUGGCGGAACAGACCUAUUCGUGGGCCUAUUCCCUGGUGGAUUCCAGUCAAGUGUCGACAUUUCUGAUAUCCAUUCUUCUUAUAGUCUAUGGUAGUUUCAGGUCCCUUAAUAUGGACUUUGAAAACCAAGAUAAGGAGAAAGACAGCAACAGUUCUUCUGGCUCUUUCAACGGCAACAGCACCAAUAACAGUAUCCAGACUAUUGAUUCCACCCAAGCUCUGUUCCUUCCGAUUGGGGCGUCUGUCUCUCUCCUUGUCAUGUUCUUCUUCUUUGACUCAGUUCAAGUCGUUUUCACAAUAUGUACAGCAGUUCUUGCAACAAUAGCUUUUGCUUUUCUUCUUCUCCCGAUGUGCCAAUAUUUAACAAGACCCUGCUCACCUCAGAACAAGAUUUCCUUCGGUUGCUGUGGGCGUUUCACUGCUGCUGAGUUGCUGUCGUUCUCCCUGUCUGUCAUGCUCGUCCUCAUCUGGGUUCUCACUGGCCACUGGCUUCUUAUGGAUGCUCUGGCCAUGGGUCUCUGUGUUGCCAUGAUCGCCUUCGUCCGCCUGCCAAGCCUCAAGGUUUCCUGCCUGCUUCUCUCAGGGCUUCUCAUCUACGAUGUCUUCUGGGUGUUUUUCUCAGCCUACAUCUUCAACAGCAAUGUCAUGGUGAAAGUGGCCACACAGCCAGCUGACAAUCCCCUUGACGUUCUGUCCCGGAAGCUCCACCUGGGACCCAAUGUGGGGCGUGAUGUUCCUCGCCUGUCUUUGCCUGGAAAAUUGGUCUUCCCAAGCUCCACUGGCAGUCACUUCUCUAUGUUGGGCAUUGGGGACAUUGUGAUGCCCGGCCUCCUGUUAUGCUUUGUUCUUCGCUAUGACAACUACAAGAAACAAGCCAGUGGUGACUCCUGUGGGGCCCCUGGCCCAGCUAAUAUCUCUGGGCGCAUGCAGAAGGUCUCCUACUUCCACUGCACCCUCAUCGGGUACUUUGUAGGUCUGCUCACUGCGACUGUGGCGUCUCGCAUCCACCGAGCUGCCCAGCCAGCUCUCCUCUACUUGGUGCCAUUUACCUUAUUGCCACUCCUCACUAUGGCCUACUUAAAGGGUGACUUACGGAGGAUGUGGUCUGAGCCCUUCCACUCCAAGUCCAGCAGCUCCCGGUUCCUGGAAGUAUGAUGACCGCGGGAGAGGUGACCAGAGCGCUAUGCUUGCCCUUUUCUCUCAUCGCGUGGUUUUGUUCCCUCUACAAGCUGGCCUGACUCAGAGGCAUGCCUGCUCACGGAACUACAGUGUGACUGGAGUUGGUGUCCGAGGCCAGCGUUCGCAGAGGGAACUGGAGCCAUGCGCAGCCCUUCUCUUCUGUGCUCUGGGAGAGUGGACCCUUCCAGAAGGGGCAGGCCGGCCCUCCCGGUGCUCCUUCCUCUUGUUUUACAAGCACCAGAUCUUGGUGUUUCUAUGGCUCUGCACCAGACUGUUAACUUGUGGGAAGAUGGAGAAGCUGACUUAUUUAAAAACUACAAACAGCAAGGAGUUGUUCUAGAACUUUGAACACUAAACGGACGAAAAUCAGUUAGCAAACCGAAGUCUCUUCAAUGAACCCUCCAAAACUUUGGGACCAGUUUCCUCUGGGGGACUCCAUUUCUGAGACCUAGGGCAGAACUUCUGUCCUCCUAUUUUUUUCUUUUUUCUUUUGGAUUUAUUAAAUAUUUUCUGUGCUGUGAAGUGACUUAUUAAAUCCACAGACAUUGAAUGACUU